AUGAUACCAAUAGAAUUCCCAUCUACGUUUUCUUACCAUAUACCAACAGCAAAUGAAAAGUUCCUUACUUAUUUUCCUCACUCCGGGUUCCAUAAUCAACGUAUCGAAUUAGAGAAUGCUCUGUUAUUAGCUUACUAUUUGAAUCGAACAUUGAUUUUACCACCUGUCUAUUUAAGAAAUCCAGCGUUUCCAUGGAGCAUAUUCGAUAAAAUGUAUUCAAGACUAUUAUUGCAAACAAAGCAUGGUUUAGAAUACUGUCACUCGAUCAGACCGGGUGAGCCAUUACCAACAGAGUGCUUAUCCUACCAUCGUUGGACAACUGUACCGUGGACAUUUUUCUAUACUGAAUUGAAGGAUUUAACAGCCAAAACCAAUGGUCAGCUUCGAAUCAUAUUUAGAGAUGAUGAUGAUCUUAGUUUUGAAUGGAUCAGAGUGACGUUAAAUCUACAAAAUGAAGAUGACAUUUACUUUUACAAAGAUUAUUCACCAUUUGAUUACCGUGUCUAUGAUUUACCCGAAUCAACCACACCUUUGAAGCGUUACACACACAGAGUUGAGCUAGACUCAUUGAUGAAUAUAAAUCAAACUGUCUUACACUUUGGUUCAUUGUUUGGAACCUAUCGCGUUUUGGCUCAAAAGGAAGAUCAUCAACAAGUAUUUCAAUGGAUACGCCAAGCCAUGAUUUUCACCAAUUCUCAUUUGGUGGACACAGCUGACCAAAUUGUCGCUCAAUUAGGCGGGCCUGGCGCCUAUGUGGGUAUCCAUUUGCGUGUUGGUGAUGGUCUCUUUAAAACUCGUGGUUCUAUUCAUGUCGACGAUAUAUACCAUCAACUUGUGAAUGAGUAUACUGAUUUGACUCGAACCGAGUUGGAAAAGAGAUACGAUAAACAUCACAAUGAAGAUAGAAAAGAAAAUGAAGGAUAUGAAACCAGACAAAUCCCAAUGCAUAACGAAAAAUUACAGCAACAGCAAGUGCAAGAAGUGGAACCAACCAAGGAAUCGAUCAUCGUUCAACAUCCAACAACGAUAGCACAACGAUUGGGGCCUAAGCCUUCCACUUUGCGAAUGAAGUGCCAACCUACCGAUGGAAGAAACGACGCAUUUAGCCAAACUGUCAUUUUUAUAGCUACAGAUUGUCCUCAUCCCCGGGAACAUCCAUUAUUGCGUAAAAUAUUCGAGACGUUCCCUUGUACCUUCGUAUUGGAUGAUUUCGUAGACGAUCUGGACAAGCUUGGUCAGAUUUAUAUGAAAAAAGACAACAUCAAACUAGAACCAUGGCUUAUUCCAAUGGUAGACGCUGUGAUUGCUUCGAAAGGGCAUACCUUUUACGGUACGACGUCAAGUACUUUCUCGACAUACAUUGAACGGCAGUUACAUCCCGCCUACACAAACCAGCCAAUCAAAUAA